GAUUCAUAGACUAGCUCAUUAUUGUUGCCCAUGUUCGGUUCGUCUCAUCAGCCGUGGUCCACCAUCUCCUUCAUGUCCUUGUUAAAUAUCAACUUUUCGGAGCAAUUUGUUAUAUAUUAUUGGUGAAAUUCAUCAUACCUGGUACUCUAUUCGAUUUUGAGAAAUUGUUGUUCGUCUUCCUGCACAAAUUUUGAACAUGGAUUUUCUCACAACUUCAACAAGAGUCUGUCAUCAAGUUCGGCUGCUCGGAGUCGGAGGGCUAGCGCGUGCUUGAGUUUGUUUGAGCCGAAGGACAAGGCGUGGGAUGCGAAGAAAACCUCGAUCGAGACGAACCGACGCUGACAUGUCGCGAACCGAGUCGAACAACAAUCAAAGAGUCGCAAUGUAUUCCCGAAAAGGCAUCGAUGUUUUUCCUUUUGACGAUUUAAUCGAACACAAAGAGAGAUUAGCAAUUAUUGACAUCAGUAGGAACAAUAUAUCCACGAUUCCUGCAAGUAUAAAUAACUUUUUGAACAUUAUCGAGCUGGAUUUGAGCACAAACAGAAUAACGAAACUGCCAGACGAGUUGAUACAACUGACACAUUUGCGGAUUCUAACGUGCAAAAACAAUCAUUUGAAUAGUGACUCUUUACCAAAGGAAUUUGGAACAUGCAAAGCAUUACAGACUCUCAAUUUUAGUGGCAAUUUAUUCCUUAAUUUUCCUGUACAGUUGACUGAAAUUACUUCUCUACGGGUCCUUCACAUGGGCGGGAACAGAAUAAGAGAAAUUCCACCAGAAGUUGAAAGGUUAUCCAGAUUACAACAUCUUUAUUUGGGUGGUAACCAUCUUGUCACUCUCCCGCCAAAUGUUGGUCAUCUUCCAAACCUACUCUCCUUAGUGCUGUGCGACAAUCGUGUAACUUCCCUCCCGGCUGAGCUGGUCCAGCUUAAGCAGCUUCGAUCACUGAGCCUACAUAACAACCAACUAACCAUCCUGCCGCCAGAGAUCAUCACAUUGACUGAGCUCUGUGAGCUGAGUUUAAGAGGUAACCCAUUGGUCGUUCGCUUUGUUCGUGACCUGACGUGGAACCCACCAACCCUCCUAGAGUUAGCAGCACGAUGCGUGAAAAACAAUCAUGUUCACUAUACCAAAGAAGAUUUGCCUGGAGAGCUUAUGAGGUUCUUGGAUUCAGCUAGACAUUGCCUGAAUCCAAAAUGCAAUGGUGUUUAUUUCAAUGCCCGCUUCCAGCAUGUCAAAUUUGUGGACUUCUGUGGCAAGUAUCGUCUUCCUCUGAUGCAGUACCUGUGCUCCCCUGAAUGCUCACCUCCCAGCGGUAGGAGCAGCUCAGAGUCAUACAGCAGCAGUGAAGAUCCAGACUCAGAGGAGGAGGUACAGGUUCCACGAAACACGCUCAAGAAAGUUCUACUUGGCUAGACUUUGGGGGGCCUGUUUCACAAAUACCCUAUUGGAUAAGGUUGGACUAUUAAAGUUGAGCAAAUUUUUCCAUGGUUUUCAGGUUGUUUGAGAUGAAUCGCUAUAACUGUUGCCAAGCAUUUCUAUGCGUAUUCUGAACGAUUUUGAGUGAAUAUUGAAUUCAAAUCUGAAAUAUGGAAAGCAUUAAUUAAUAAUUUCAAAUCCAAAUGUUCAAGUGUAUUAUCACUACAAUGUAGUGCUUAAAUUUUGAAAUGAUGCACUCGUUAAAGUUGAUGGCACUAUCCAUUGAGCUCCAUGAUUUCUUCCUGGCUUGGCACAAGAGGGGCCUUUUCCUUAAAGGAGAAUGAAACUCUUGGAGCAAGUUAGCUUUUGUGAAAGCAGAAAAAUCAAAUAAUAAGAUCAACAAAACUUUGAGAAAAAUAGGACUAGCAAUAAAAGAGUUAUGAGCAUUUGAAUGUCGAGAUCACUAAUGCUAUGGAGAUCCUCCCAUUGGCAAUGCGACCAAGAUCUGUGAUGUCACACACGUACAACUCUCCCAUUUGGACACUGAAAAUAUACCCCAAAACAUCUCUUUUUGCUCAUUCUAAUCAUAUGACAAACGAUUCAUCAAUGAUAUAAUGUUGUGAAACCUCUGUACUUGUCAUCUCAUAAAGAGAACACCUCACCUUGUGAUAGACUCUAUAAAAGUGAGAAUAUAAGUGAAAUAAGUACUAAAGUAAUGAGGGAGUUGUACGUGUGUGAUAUCACAGAUCUUGGUCGCAUUGCCGUUGGGAGGAUCUACAUGGCACUAGUGAUCUCAAUAUUCGAAUGCUCAUAACUUUCUUAUUAUUCAUUCAAUCUUCCUCAAACUUUCAACAAUAUGUUUCUUUGAUUUUUCUCUUUGAUAUGGAUUCAGCUGGUUUCAAGGGUUUCAUUCUCCUUUAAACUCUCUCACACAUCCAUCAUGUAUUUGACCAAUAGGCAGACACCUUUUAUUUACAAAGGGAGACGUUUCGAUAGUAAAUCAAUUGGCUUUCCAUAGUUAUGAUUGAUUUGAAUCAACUCUUAGACUUAAGAUAUACCCUGCUCUCUGUAUGUAGGUUGUACGUUUUUUUUUAAGACGUGAUACUGUCACUAUGGAUGGUAGCAAUGAUGAUCAUGAACACUAAAAUGAAAUAUGGGCAUUAUUGUAGACCUGUCUUAACUCUUACUGAAGCAUUUUAACUAAUGCAAUUAACACAGGUGCCAAAAAAAAAGAAAUACUGUACAUGUAGACCAAUAUGGAAGAGGAGUAGAAAAUAACAUUUCAUUGUCGUGCCAACAUGCAUUUAACUGAUAUCAACACAAGUUUUGUCAAGUGUUUGGCAAGAGAUUAUGAAUAGUUGUAAAUCCUUGCCUUUUUUCAUUGGAUUUUUAAUCAAAGCCUCUGGUUUUGUUUAAUAAGAUAUGGUUAUUUCUAUAUAUGAAAACUGAAAGCUAAAAAUUAAAAAAAUAUGAAUCUGCUGCAGAAUUUAAGAAAUAUCUAUUUUUAAAAAUAGAAAUAAUAAUUUGUAUAUAUAUUUUUAUUGUCCAGGGAUAAAAUAUAUAGGCUUUAGAGAGCUUAAAAUGAACCCUGAUUAUUAUUUUGACAUUUUAAGAUCCAGGCUCUAAUUUUCUUGUCCUAUUUCUCUCUUCCUAUUGCGUGCAAAUUCUUCUUCUUCAUACAACACUGCCUCCUUUCAUUUUGAAGAUUCUUGCACCUAACAUGUAAAAGAUCUGCAUUUAACUACAUUCAUGUAAGAAUUGACAAUGUGCCUUUUCCUCAUAUUUUACAAAAUUAGCAAUGCAUCGGAUGCAAGUUACGUCAUUUUGAUUUUUGAACAAAUUACACAUGUAUGUCUGUUCUUGCAUACAAUGUACAUGUAUUAAACUUAUAUGGUUCAUGUA